UUUAGUGAGAAACUGAGUCGGACACUUUAUGGAAAAUAUUAGUCUGUUUAACGUAUAGUAAGAUAAUUAAUAAAUGUUACUGACUGUAAAUAUUGAAUAAAACAAUUAGUAUGGCCUCUGAAGGCGGAGGCAAAAUAAAAGCCAAACGAAGUGGGUCGUCUUCAAAGCCUUACGAAAGACGAAAGUCAUUGUUGGGGAAAGUGAAAGAUACUGUUAAAGACCUGUUGGCACCUUCAUGGCUAACAGAUUUUAUGUCCACUGGCUCGAGGAAAAAUUCAAAAGAAUCUAAAGAUGCGAGGGAGACAACAGCUUUACUGGAAACUGAAGAGGAUGUUUCAGGCCCAUAUAUGCCAGCAGUACAGCCAAACUCCAUCCUACCAUCUGCAUCGAGUGAGAGAUCCUCUCCCACCAGGUUAUUUGUGCCGUCCAGUACAACUAGAUCAGUACAGAAUCCUAUCGGCUCUUCCAGAGAACAGUUUUCUCAGUUACCCUCCCCAGGUCAUGGGGACCCAACAUUGUUUGCAGGUAGCAUGUCUGAAAGAGCUACAUCUUGUACAGAAAGUAGCUUUUCAUCAGCAUUACCUUACACCGAUAGAAUUCAUCCGGACACCAUGAUGCUAAAUGAGUCUGCACAAAGGUUGGAAGACAGAAUUCAACUGCCAACUGUGCCAGGUCUUGGAAUACAGUCAUCUGCAUCAGUUGGAAUGCGGUCCUCAAAUGUUCCUGCUGUUGAAAGGCAGUUGUCAGGAACCUCUGCCGUAACUGAGCCUGUUGCAUCAGGCGUUGUGCUCGACGAGAAAGGACGACGUGAAAGAAAUGAAAGUGGUGGUGGUGUAUUUCAAAAACGUGGUAGGCUGUUUUCAGAAAGUGGUGGUUCCACUGAUCCACCGAUGACAUGGUCAACACAGAGUCGACGACAAGGAAAACACGCUACACCAGCUGUGAGAGAUCGACCAGCAUUCAACAGUUCUCUGUUUGGAUCACCACUGAGCACUUCAAUUCUUGGAGAGCCUAUUCAUGAAUCAUCGUUUUACAGUGGAAAAACUACAUACGGUGGUGCAUCGGCAUACAGGAGGAGUCGCGGGAAUUUAACGGAACCAUAUCGGAAUGUGCUGCCGAUCCGAAAGGUUCACAACAGUUCUUUCACGUCGGGAGCUAUCACUGGAUCCACAUCUCGGAGGAUUUUGGAAACACUGGAAAAGAUGUCUACAUCUUUAUCAGAUACGAAAAAGAUACCUUCGGAUCAGUCAUCUAUGGUUGAUUCUGUUCUGUCUUUUACGCCUGGCAGUUAUCAGAGACAGUCUCGGAGAAUGAAUCUUCUGUCUGCCAGUUUACCUCAUCGGCCCUUGGAGAUGCCUUCCAGGGCACCGCCUACUAAUCAGCUACAAACUCCCUUCCUUGCGUCUAUUGCAAGAAACCGCCAGCCAAAAUCUUCAACAAUGUCGAGAAUUCCAAAGGAAAAAGAAGCAGAAAAAACACAGACACAAAGGCCAGAAAUGAGGUCACCUCACACUGAUACUUUGUCUCACACUGACACUUUGUCUGUGGAUGACUUGCCAGGCAGUGGGGGUUUUAGUGGGAAAAUGAAAAGGAACAAAAGCUAUAGUCAGCAUAUCUCCAAGCGACAGCAUGAAGAAGAUGAUGAUGAUGAAAUUAUGGAGGUGCCAAAUUUACAAACUGAUGUUACUCUGAAACUUGGAAGCAUGCCCAAAUUUGAAUUUGGUAAUUCUCCUCAAGUAAGCAUGGCAAUAAAGUCUCCGGCAGUUAACCCCCCAGUAAAGGUGACAUCACAAGGUGGUGGAAGAAGCAGUUUUUCAACAGCACCAGGGUCGCACAAUAAACUAGAGUUCACCUUUUCUACACCGAUCGUAAAACCCUGCCCUCAACAGAGUUUGGAGAGUUCUCAACACAAAUUGGGUUUCACGUUCAGUUCACCCAUCAAAGUAGAUGAGAAUAAAUUGCAAGAAGCCAACACCGACAAGAGAAGGAAUGUAUCUGAAAACACUUCAUCUACCAAAUCAGCAUUUGGAGCAUCAACUAAACAGAAAUCAACAAUGGGAAAUGGUGGUUUUGGAAUAGCCAACGAACUGAAGGAGGGGAGUGUUAUGGACAUUCUUGGCAAAACCAACCUUCCAGCUACCAGUGUGUUUAAAUUUGGAAAUGAACUGAAAAAUGACAGUAUUGUAGACCAUUCACCAAGAUUUGGUGUAAAGUCAACUGAGAAACAUUUUGGUGAUAAGAACGAGAGAGACAUGUUUAAGCCUGCUUCUACGUUAAAAACUGGCAGUGUUAUGGACAUUCUUGGAAAAACAUCAGAUAGUAAUAAAAAAACGGAAAGGGUAGAGGAAAAAAGUGUAAUGGAUGUUCUUUCAAAAGAAGACAAAAGCACUGAAAAAUUGAUGGAAAAGUUUAAGAAUCCCCCUGGAUCAUGGGAGUGUGAUACGUGUAUGGUUCAGAACAAGCCUGAGGUGGACAAGUGCGUAGCUUGUCAGUCAAACAGAAAAAGAAAAGAAGACAAAAGUACUGAUAAAUUGCUGGAAAAGUUUAAGAAUCCCCCUGGAUCAUGGGAGUGUGAUACGUGUAUGGUUCAGAACAAUCCUGAGGUGGACAAGUGCGUAGCUUGUCAGUCUAAGAGAAAAAGAAAAGAAGACAAAAGCACUGAUAAAUUGCUGGAAAAGUUUAAGAAUCCCCCUGGAUCGUGGGAGUGUGAUAUGUGUAUGGUUCAGAACAAGCCUGAGGUGGACAAGUGCGUAGCUUGUCAGUCAAGCAGAAAAAGAAAAGCAAAUUCAUUACCCAAAGGAAAUCUCGCAAAAUUUGCUAAGCCAGCAGGUGCUUGGGAGUGUGACGUGUGUAUGAUUCAGAACAAAGCCGAGGCCAGCAAAUGUGUGGCAUGUACAGCUGCAAAGCCAGGUGCUAAAGCUGCAUCCCCUAGAGAUUUGGGAAAUACAUCGACCAGGCAGGCUUUUGAUUCCAAGCCAGCAGAGAACUGGAAGUGUAAUACGUGUUUUGUGAUGAACAAAGCGAAAUCCACAAAGUGUGUGGCUUGUGAUGUUUCGCGGUUGUGUUGGGUGCCCGCAGAUUUUGACUUGAAACCUGGCAGUUCUGUAGGCUCAUUAUCAAAAACUGGUGGCAUUAAAUUAGUUUCCGAAGAUGCAGUUCGUAACUUUAUUUUUAAAAGUAGCACAUCUUCUGAACCAGCCACUACAGGUUUUAAGAUAAAUUUUGGUGGAAAAGCUGAGAAUACCAACGCGCAAACGUCUGAACCCAGUGUUGUGGGUUCUUCAAACACGGGGACGAUUUUCUCGGGAGGAUUCAAGUUCGAGGGUGCAAACGACAUUCUGAAGAAACCUGUUCCAGAAAGUGGACAGCCAUCAGGCGGAUUCACGUUCGGUGGAGUGAGAAGCAGGACAGAUGACGCUGCGAAACAGGGAGGCUUUAUUAAUUUUGGUGCUGCAGAUGCAAAGACAUGUAGUGCAGGCAGUGUGAUGCCCACGGACCAGGGCAAGACGAAACCGGGAGGUUUCAGUUUGGGUUCCACAGUUUCACAGACACCUGUAGUAGUUGAAAUAAAACACAGUGGCUUUACAUUCGGUGGUAGCCAGACACCUGUAUUGAACGAAGGCGGCACAAAAUGUGGUAGUGUUAGUUUAGGUACACCUCUGACAUCACAGACAAUCAAAGAUAAGACGACGACAUUAUCGGGUGGCACGAGUCUGACUAGCUCAGUGGAGAAAGUGAAAGAAGGUGAAAAAAGCUCCACAUUGACACCGCAAGGUAGCUUUUUAUUUGGUUCCAAGACAAACUUUAAUGGUGAUUCCACAACAAAAUCAAGCUUUGGAGGUGGGUUUUCUUUUGGUUCUGCAGCCCAGGGAGUAGCCAACAGUGGUGUCCUGUCAGUGAAUAAGUUUCCAGAUUCAUCCGGCAGUGUUUCCAAUGUGAAAACCACUGCAACUAGUGAAAUAUCAUCACCAUCUACACAAGAGAAAAAAAGUGAAAAUGUAGAUGCAACAAAUCAGAACUUUAAUUUUGUUGGUGAAGCAAACAAAGCAGGGUCAACAGGCCAAGUAACCAGUUCAAUAUUUGCGUUUGGACAGCCUGUGACAAAUGUCAACACAGCCUCAUCAAAGGCCGUGUUUGGUGCUACAGUUGUCCCGUUUAACUUUGGACAGCCGGCUGUUAUGAAGGUAGACAACGCUGUUGGACAGAGUGCUACUUCAUUAGGUGGACCGGGAUUCGGAGCACCCGCUCAGUCCAGCAGUGCAAAACGAAGAACAGAUGAAGAAUUUGGGGCAACUGAGGCCAAGAAAAAGCAAUUCUCUUUUGGUGUAUCAACCGUUCCGGGAACAUUUAACUUCGGUGGUACGCCGGCCUCCACUAAUGGCCCCAGUGCACCCUUUUUCUUUGGAGCGGCAUCUAAUGAUUCAAAAGACCAGAAACCAACUGCCUCAAGCGGUAGUGCGUUUGGCUCUUUUGGCUCGGCUGCCACGAGCGCUUCAGCCUCUCUCUUCAAAGUUGGUUCAUCCCAGAAUUCUACACCGUUUAGCAAUCGUGGAUUAGUGUCAUCGUUUGGAAACGGCACGACUGGUCCAGGAACUCUGGCAUUCGGUGCAUCGGCCCCUCAAACAGCUGCUACAACUCCAUUUAGUAUCGCCAGCAAUGCCGCCCCUUCGUCUUUUGGCUCAUCAUUUGAAAAUGGACCGACCGGUGCAGGAACGCUGGCCUCCGGGGCUUCAUCGUCUUUUGGGGUGUUUGGAUCUUCCGUACCGACCUUUGGGUCAGCAAGUGCAACUACUCCUACGUUUGUGGCUCCAUCACAAGGAGCCCAGUUCGGGGCAACUCCAGCAUUUGGAGCCUCUUCAACACAGCCAAAUACGGGUGGAUUCCAGUUUAAUGCAGUGUCCAAUACGAAUUUCAGUGGGAAUACAAGUGGACCAUUGCUCCAGUUUACUGGUAGUAAACCGACGGAGAGCCCAGCUGGAGUGCCUGUCCAGGGCUCGGGGUCAUCUGGGUUUGUCUUCCCCUCCCAGCCACAGGCCGCGUCUCCGGCGCCAGCCUUCAACAUGCCACAACCAAGCAGUUUCACUGGCAGUUCAGUGGGAGCAUUCACCAUGGGUGAGGAAAAAAUAAAGAAGUUUGUCCGAAAACUAAAGAAAUGAAGGUGCUUGGAAUGUUGACUGAGGCGUAUUAACAUACUGAUGAUGUCGACAACAGCAGAGACCUUCAUUGAAUCAAAAUCUCAUGUUGCACUCACUUCUCGUAACUUAGCAAUAACAAUAAUUAUGACCAUUUAGUUAUUGCUUUAAACAACAAUGUGGAGUCUUUCAACUAAGUACUGAAGAUCAUUAUUCUGCAAAGAAUAUAAACAAUUAAGAAUCUUGAAACAGGCUUUUUGUGAAAGACCAAAUAGGUGAUCAUGAAGGUAACCUGUUAACAAAACACCCUGCUCAACCCCUGCAAUUAAGAAAAUGUCCACAACAAAAAAACAUGCCAUUAAAAAACCCUGAAUAUAUUCCAUGGCAAUUAAGUGACGUGGAGAAUUAAAAACUCCACAGCAAUCUCUACGACAUUGCCGAUUGCCGUGGGCAAUUACAGGGGUUGCUACUAAUGUAAAGGAUAAGUAAUAUUGCAAUUAGAUUUAAUAUUUUCGUCACAUUUUUCAUACAUCUCAGUUACAAUGGUUGUCUUUCUGGGGUUUUUUUCUUCUUCUUUUUUUUUGUGUGUGGAUUCUUUGUAAUAUAUUUUGUGGGUUUUUUUGUACAAUUUUAGAUAUACAAUAAAUGUUACAUAUGAGGUCUUUCACAGUUAACAUUUCAGGAGUGUACAAACAAAACUAUUUUAAGGGUAGAAUAGGGUAGAAUACCCUUUCAAAAUUGUGAAUGGCUCCUAAAGGAAUUUCACUAGAGGUAUUUUUAGCAAGAACUAAAUAAACGAGUGAAAAAAGUAUGUUCUGGAGAUUGACUGUCGCAUAAAAGUCUGUUUGCUUUAUUUGUUGUGAAUGCUUUCCAUUUAUUUUAGUAGCUUCAGUGUUCACAAUAAACUAAAUAGUGAUUCUGCAUAUUCAUCUGGGGCUUGUAACUCGAAGCAGUCAUAAAUAUGUUGGUGUUACAUGUUAGCCAUGACAGCGACAGCACUUUGACAAUUGUAGGAAGAAAAUAGUAUAAUCCGAAACACACAUAGCUAUGGCAUAUUUUACAGUGUGGCAGCACCAUUUGGCUCCUCUGUCUGUGUCUUUCCCAAUCUCAGGGGCGGGAUGUAGUCCAGUGGUAGUGUUCGCUUGAUGCGCGGUCGGUCCGGGAUCGAUCCCCGUCAGUGAGCAUAUUGGGCUAUUUCUU